GAAGCCGAGAUGGGCCAAACCAGCCCAUCCGGAUAACAGAGACAAACUUGGCAGCGAGCGGAUGAACUGGUUGGAUCUUUGUUCUUCACAGCUAGACUAUCAACCUCUUUAUUUUUGCAUAUCGUCACUUAUAUGUAUCACAUUUAUAUCAAGAUAUAAAAUACUCCUUCUUUGGGCACGCAGCUUCAGAACAGGCAGAUACUUUUUGGGCUAGCAUAUUUUCCUAGUGUUUUUAGUUCAUUCUCCCCCCCACCGACGAGGUUUUAUUGGACCAAGAUAGGCGGCGCGGGCACCAAGAUGUCGAACCGGAUGGUGUGCAGAGAAGCGAGCCACGCCGGCAGCUGGUACACGGCCUCAGGAUCCCAGCUUAAUGCACAACUCGAGGGCUGGUUAUCUCAAGCACAAUCCACAGCUGGUCCAGCUAGAGCCAUAAUAGCACCGCACGCUGGCUACACCUACUGCGGCGCGUGUGCCGCUCAUGCCUACAAGCAGGUGGACCCCUCGAUCACUCGGAGGGUGUUCAUUCUCGGCCCCUCUCACCAUGUGCCGCUGUCUCGCUGUGCCCUCUCCCCCGCCGAGGUCUACAGAACGCCACUGUAUGACCUGAGGAUCGACCAGAAGGUUUACGCUGAUCUGUGGAAAACAGGCAUGUUUGAGAGGAUGAGUCUGCAGACAGACGAAGAUGAACACAGCAUUGAGAUGCACCUGCCUUAUACCGCUAAAGCCAUGGAGAGCCAUAAAGAUGAGUUCAGCAUCGUCCCUGUGCUGGUGGGAGCUCUGAGUGAAUCUAAAGAGCAGGAAUAUGGCAAGCUGCUAAGCAAAUACCUGGCUGACCCCUCCAAUCUCUUCAUCAUCUCCUCUGACUUUUGCCACUGGGGUCAACGUUUCCGUUACACCUACUACGAUGAAAGUCAAGGAGAGAUCUACAGAUCUAUCGAGCACCUUGACAAAAUGGGAAUGGGAAUUAUAGAACAAUUGGACCCCAUCUCCUUUAGCAAUUAUUUGAAGAAAUAUCAUAAUACUAUUUGCGGUCGCCAUCCCAUCGGCGUUCUUCUAAAUGCCGUGGCAGAACUGAAAAAGAACGGCAUAGACAUGAACUUCUCUUUCCUAAACUAUGCGCAGUCAAGCCAGUGCCGAAACUGGUCGGACAGCUCUGUGAGUUAUGCUGCUGGAGCUCUGAUCGUUCAUUGAGGUGAACUUUCCAAGGAGCCACGGAGCCUCCUAGAAGACCCCAUCCCCUCCUACCCGUCCUUUUCCUGACCACAUAUCCCCAUCCCUCCCCACCUCUUCUUAUAGGAAGGACAUGCAAAGCUUGUCCCAGCUGGGAAUCCUCAUACACACCCCGAAUCGAGAUGUAACAUUAGAUACUAACCUCUUCUUCCUCCAGCUUUCCCUGUACCCUGUUUUCCACGUGAGGCAACUCGGAUGAUGCUAUAGCUUGAAGUUCAGCCAGUUUUGUUUGGGUGUUGCAAGGUCAGAUUUUUGGCUGGGUUUUUUUGUUGUUGUUUGUUGGGGCUAGAAUCCGCUUUUGACCCUCCAAGGACUUUAGAUAUCCAAUGAGCCCUUGUGUAAUUUAAAAGCAAGACACACUUAAAGUUUAAAUAAAGUAAAAGAAAUAAAACCAUCGACAUUUCACUCUUUUUGCAAGUUUGCAUAAUCUACAUGAUAAAUGACAUGUCUCACCUAAUGAUAAAUAAUUUGAACAAGGAAGUUGACAGACUGCAACAUGCCCAUGUACACCCUGAGAAUUGUAGUAACAGCUACUGCAUUGGUCCUGUUGUAGUUUUUAAAGGGCUACACAAUACCCACUAACCCUCCACUGUACUGGAUAUACCAAAAAAUAGUUUUUCUUUCAUCUAAUUAUCUUUUAUUGUAGUCAAAUUAAAGUCUUUUUUCUGAUUCUUA